UGUGACCGUUGGAGCGGUGUCUCGCGGGUGGUGUCGGGAAUCGUAGUUCUGACCCACCCUCUCACAGCAGCCUUUGGGAUGCGCCGAUGGUGACUAUCUUACUACAUCUCCCGGCGUUCACUUCGGCCACAGGGCUUGUUUACUCCGCCUGUCGCGCAGCAGGAAUCCCCCGACAGCAACAGCCAUGGCUCCAGCUACUCCCGGCCCAGUCCAGGUAGUUCAAGUACUAAAGGAUGAUCAUUCUUUCCAGUUGGACGAGGAGGCCCUGGCCUCUAUUCUUCUCCAAGAGAGAAUCCGAGAUUUGGAUGUAGUGGUUGUAUCUGUAGCCGGUGCAUUUCGAAAAGGGAAGUCCUUUCUGUUGGAUUUUAUGCUGAGAUAUGUCUACAGCCAGAAAGAAAAGAGCAGUAAUUGGCUCGGGACAGAAGAUGAACCACUUACUGGCUUCUCCUGGAAAGGAGGAUCAGAACCAGAUACCACAGGUAUUCAGAUCUGGAGUGAGGUCUUCACCAUGAGAAAGCCAGAUGGCAAGGAGGUUGCUGUGGUUCUUAUGGACACACAAGGAGCAUUCGACAGCCAGUCCACAGUGAAGGAUUGUGCCACUAUCUUUGCUCUCAGCACAAUGACAAGCUCUAUCCAGAUCUACAAUUUAUCUCAGAAUAUACAGGAGGAUGAUCUGCAGCAGCUACAGCUUUUUACAGAGUACGGGCGUUUGGCUAUGGAUGAGAUCUUUCUGAAACCCUUUCAGACUCUGAUGUUUUUGAUUAGAGACUGGAGCUUUCCUUAUGAAUACCAUUAUGGAGAAAAAGGAGGGAUGAAAUUCCUAGAGAAGAGGUUAAAGGUGAAAGAACAUCAACAUGAAGAGAUACAAAAUGUCCGUAAACACAUUCAAACAUGUUUCACCAAUGUGAGCUGUUUUUUACUUCCACAUCCUGGACUCAAGGUGGCAACCAGUCCUCAGUUUGAUGGCCGUCUGAAAGAUAUUGCAGCAGAAUUUACUGAACAACUCAGUGCCUUGGUUCCUCUUGUGUUGGGUCCUGAGAGCCUUAUAGAAAAAGAGAUUAAUGGUUCGAAGGUGACAUGUAGGGGUCUGCUUGAAUACUUUAAGGCCUACAUUAAAAUAUACCAAGGGGAAGAUUUACCUCAUCCUAAAUCUAUGCUGCAGGCCACUGCCGAAGCCAAUAAUCUGGCUGCUGUAGCUUCAGCUAAAGAUUUGUACAACAACCACAUGGAGCAGAUCUGUGGCGGGGACAAACCCUAUGUAUCCCCUGACAUGUUGCGUGAUCGCCAUUCCACCUGCAGCAAGGAGGCCCUGGCUCAAUUCGAUCGUGCAAAGAAGAUGGGUGGCGUGGAGUUCAGUCAACAGUACCGAGAGGAGCUUCUGAAAGAUUUGAAUGCAGUUUACGAUGCUUUCUGCAAACACAACGAGAGCAAAAACAUCUUCACUGCCUUCCGUACCCCUGCAGUGCUUUUUGCACUGGUGGCUGCGUUGUACAUGGCCUCUGGUAUAACAGGCUUUGUGGGGCUCGAAAUCAUUGCACAGCUGUUUAAUUGUGGUGUGGGUCUGCUUCUCAUUGCUCUUCUCACAUGGGGCUACAUCAAAUACUCUGGACAGUACAGAGACCUCGGCGGUGUCAUCGAUUCCAGUGCAGAGUAUGUUCUUGAACAGGCCACUAACCGCAUGGGAAAUUCGACCCGUCGUAUAGUUGAGACUGCAGCAGGAGCUCCUCCUGAAAAGAAAAAACAGAAGUAGCAUUGACCAGGCAUAAAAAGAGCACUUGAUCCCCUCCAUGCCCUGCCUCUAAUUGCAAAAAUGCCCACCUUUAGCACCGUUAUAUCCACUCUGGAGAUGCCACCGCUACACAGGACCUCUUCAUUCCAAUUCCAGAAUUCACAAGACAGAAUACAAAUAUGCACACAAUACAACACAGGUGGUUAGGACAUACUACAGUCACCCGAGACACAAGGGGUGCGCCAUUACAAUUAUUGUCGGAGGGAUCUGUAUUUGGACUGUGCACUUUUUCAAAAGCAACAAUUCCAUUAACUGUGUUGUAAGGAAGGGUUCCUUUACAGCUAUAAAAAGUCAGGGUCAAAUAACUCUAAAAUUGGGACAUAUUGACGAAACUAUGUUGUGUGGUUUUUGAUCCAUGUUUCUAAAAUAGAUGUUGAUAAUUGCACCUAUUAUGAGUGAACGUUAUACAGCCAAAACUGAAAAGUAUUUCAAAACCAAUUUGUUAACAGUAAAAUUUGUUGUUGCAAUAUUGGACAGAAUACCAUGGCUUCUAAUGUGUCAGAGGGCAUGAUGGUGAAAGGAUAGUCACAUAUUAAAUGUCUAAUUCAUCCUUUGAGCCUUAAAGGGCAACUGCCACUUCAAAACUAUUUCUAACACACUAAUCCUUUUUUUUAAGUUUUAAAAGGAAUAGAUUUUAUAUUUGUAAAACAUGAGAAACUCAUGCUUGCGUUUAGUUUGUGACAGCAAUCUUCAGCCAUAUACAUGGAUCUUGAAAACCAACAGUCCUCCUGGUCUUCACUGCCUCUGUGCAGGAAAUGAAGCAUGGAAGACCAUAGAGACUAACUGUUGGUUUUAAAUCUCUUUCUGACCCAAGAUCCAUGUAUAUGGCUGAAGGGUUCUGUAAUAUACUAAAGAUAUUUCUUUCUUGUUUUCAACAUAUACUUAAUUUUAAAAAAUCUAUUUAUUUUCAAAUCGUGACGAAAGGAUUAUUAUAUUAAUAAAUAGUUUUGAUUGACAGUUGUCCUUUAAUAUAUUGCUCAAUAAAUCUUUGCUUUCUGUAUUUGCUACUCACACGUUCUGUAUGGUGUUUGGGGAAUUUCAGGCCUCCUGAUUAAAGUACAAUAUAUUCUUAGAUCUUGUUACAUUAAUAAACCCUUCAUGUUACAUGAUCUAAGAAUUUAUUGUACUUUAUUUCUUUUUAAUCAGUUGGCUAAUCAUUUGGAUUGACUCAUGAGAUUGAGCUGUAGUUAGUCAGUGCAAAUGAUUUUCUGUAGCCAACCUUGUUCCUUAAAAUGGCACAUUGCACUCUGUAUACGAACUCUUUCAAUGAUAAGAAGAUUAUUUCAAAAUAGGAACUUGCUGAAAGUAUGUAAUGUAUUACAGUCUCUUAUUUAAGGGACUAAUUGUUAAUGGUUAACUAUCCUUCCUGAUAAUUGCAUAUUUUUUAUAUCUUAAUGUAGGUGCCUUAUUGCCAUUCCUAAAGCUUCUUGUGCCUUUUUGGGGUAGAGUCCGGGGGAUAAACAAAAAGCCCUUAGAUGUAAGACCCCUUACUUACUGCACUAGCCUUUUCAUUCCUGCAAAUUACAAUUUUACAUACCAGAUAAACUGAUCACCCAGUAGCCAAAAGUAUAAAUAAACCUUAAGAUAUGAUCAAAAGCAGCAGAUGUUAUAUAUGGUUGCCGACAUGUUAAACUAUUUCAGUCACAUUGCAGCAUUGGGGAAUUUUAACGUUGGUUAUCAUGGGUAUUUAAGGAGAAAUAUAUUUUUUCUGUCAACCAGCUGGAGAUUGGGGAGCCAUUUUGUAUACACAGAAUUCUUAAAUAUUAUUGUAAACUGACAUUUCCAAAACUCUAUUUUUUCUUUAAAAAUUGAGUCAUCGGGGACAUCUAUUGUCUAAUGUCUGUGUACAUUUGUUAAAAUAUUGUUAUAUCUACAUACAUACAAAUGUGCUUUAAGCUUUAUACACAUAAAUAUCAACAUAUAUAGAAUGUUGCACUAAAAAUACGACCACAAAAGUUAUAUGUGCAAAUAUUUGUGUUCUCUGUAUACCAAUGUGCAAUAUUUUGUGUGUAUUUAUAUCUGUUUGCAUGAACCUGCUGUAUGUGUGUGUAAAAGUGGACCCUUAUGAACUUUCACAAGCUGAAAUGUUGCAUAUAUUCCCAUAUUUAAUAUUUUUCAAGUCUUGGCAAUGAAAAGCUACAUUCCAAAGCAAAGAUGUCACAAGUUGAUGUAUAAUUUGGACAAAAAAACAAUAUUUCUUACUGUUGCUGCUUAUUUUUCUAUUCUUUGUUUUAUUUUUAAUAAAAGCAAAUGUAAUCCUU